GAUGCAGACCUAGGAUUUAGUGGGCCACCCUGUACUGUGCUAUCAUUUGGUAUUGGAGAUGACUGGUCAUUUGAUAAAGAUAUGGCGAAGCAAGGAUGUAAAGUACAUGCAUUUGAUCCAAGCAUAAAUCAAUUGACCCAUAAGGAAGACAACAAUCUGUACUUCUACAACUUAGGCCUGGCUGGGAAGAAUUCAUUUAAAACUGACACAAAGGACAUCAAUCAUCCAACAUGGCGCUUACUCACACUCUCAGGAAUUAUGCAGACUUUGAAAAUAGAAAAGGAAAAAAUUGCAGUUUUAAAAAUAGACAUUGAAGGUAUGGAAUGGGAAUCUUUGCGCACUAUGCUGAGCGAAGGGACUUUGCAAUAUGUGAAACAGCUAGUUUUAGAAAUACACAUUGGUGCAGGUGAUUUAGACAGUGUAAAUAAUGAACUUUUAAGGGAACAUUAUUCAGACCUCAAAUGGUUGGAGUCUCAGGGAUUUAACGUUUUUAAUACAAGAAAAAACCCUGUCAGUCAUAAGGUAUAUCUAGGAAGUAAGUAUUUGACACAUGCCUGUUGUUUUGAGUUAAGUUGGGUGAAUACUAGAUUCAAUGACUGGUGGGGUAUUACUUGAAUGGACCACGAGUCAUUUAAUAUUCCAGAUAUAUGCAGAAUUUAAGUGCCUUCGAGUGUCUCAGACACUGAUCAUGCUAGGAGAUUUUAAAGCCUAGAGGUUGUGAGCUACCUGUUAUUGCUUGUUUAACAUUCCAUAAAACAAA